CUCCCGCCUCAUCCACUCCGCGUCCGGGCUGCCCGCGGCGCCGCCUGAUUGCGCGUGGGGCCUCGCUGCACAGACCCAGGUAGAGCGCGGCACGUAACGCCCUGCGCAGAUUGGAAGCCGAGGGUGCCCCCCACUCCUGCCAUGUCUGGUUGUCGCGCUACGGAAGGAGACUGCUGCUCGGAGCGUAACGGCGCGCAGGACAAGGAACAUCCGAGACACCUGAUCCCAGAGCUUUGCAAACAGUUUUACCAUCUGGGCUGGGUCACUGGGACUGGAGGAGGAAUUAGCUUGAAGCAUGGCAAUGAAAUCUACAUAGCUCCUUCAGGAGUGCAAAAGGAACAGAUUCAGCCUGAAGACAUGUUUGUGUGUGACAUAAUUGGGCAGGACAUAAGUGGGCCUCCACCGUGUAAGAAGCUGAAGAAAAGCCAGUGUACUCCUCUAUUCAUGAAUGCUUACAUAAUGAGAGGAGCAGGCGCGGUGAUCCACACCCAUUCUAAAGCCGCUGUGAUGGCCACCCUCCUCUUUCCAGGACGCGAGUUUAAAAUUACACAUCAAGAGAUGAUAAAAGGAAUAAGGAAAUGUACCUCAGGAGGGUAUUAUAGAUACGAUGAUAUGUUAGUGGUCCCCAUUAUUGAGAAUACACCCGAGGAGAAGGACCUCAAAGAACGAAUGGCUUGUGCAAUGAACGAAUACCCAGACUCCUGUGCAGUACUGGUCAGACGUCAUGGAGUAUAUGUCUGGGGAGAGACUUGGGAGAAGGCAAAAACCAUGUGUGAGUGUUACGACUAUUUGUUUGAUAUUGCUGUAUCAAUGAAGAGAGUAGGGCUGGAUCCUGCACAGCUUCCAGUUGGAGAAAAUGGAAUUGUAUAAGCCAAAUGGAAGUUUAUAUCCAGAGCAAAAGCUUAUCUUAUUACUUAAAUGAAACUUGAUGGGUUUUAAAUGAAUUGAAAAUUUCUAUGAAGCUGUUAUUUUGUCCCUAAAUACUGCAAAUUAUCACCCUGAAUCUCUAUUGACAUUGGAUGAUAUUUGCUUAAUCCUUGUAAUUAUAAAUGACAAUUGAAUGUAAUAAAAAAAUUUAUAAUGUUU